AUGGCUCAACUAAUACCUUUCUUGAUAUUAAUUUUUGGUUUUUCGUGUCAAUUUAUAAUGAAAUUAAGUUAAGAUUAUUAAAUACUAACCUAAUAGGUGACCUUUAAAAUAGAAGACAUGAUCACUAAUGAUUAUUUUUCAUAUGGAGUGUGGAGUAAAUAUUUACCUUUAAGACAGAUAAGUUAAAUCGGAAAAAUAGGUAUUUUUGAUAGUAAUUGUUAUCAUUUACAUAAUUCAGCUGAUUCUUUAACUUUAAGUGUUGAUUUAAUUUACUUUGACUGUCUCGAUUUUGAUUAAAUGAAAAUUACAAAAUACAUUCAAUUUUAUGAUUAUGAUGGAACAUUUCAUAGCUAUGAAAUCGCAUUGGAUUAAUGGGAAUAUGAAAGUUAUUGGUAUUAUAUUUCGAUUACGUAAUGGCCAAUAGUUAGAAGAUUGGAAUUGCUUUUUAUACUAUACCCAAAUGUGAUCUUUUCAAAAUAAUUAUAAAUCCUUUGUCCUUUUAGAAGCUUCGAUUAAAAAUUUACUUUUGGAGGUGGAUUGAUACUACGUAAUGAUGAGUUUCUUUAGGGUAUGUAAGGUAGAAAGUAUUUUUCAUUCUUUCCAGGACAAAUACUUUAUGAUUUUUUAGUGUUUGAAAUCCUGACUGUAGAGUGGAAUGGGUUAAAUUUUGCAUUAAAUACUUUUGGACAAAAUUACAUUUGUGAUUGUCAAUCUAAUUUGAAUGAUAAGAUCGAAAAUGAGAUCCUUAUUUGGCUUAAUUCAAGGUAUUUUACAUCUGAAAAUGAAAAUUGUGAUUCAUUUGGGUUAUCAGGAUGGUUAAGAAUAAAGGAAAUACAUAAAAUAAGUAAUAACUUUGACUAUAAAUUUUUGAAAAUUAAUAAGUUCAGUCAGAAUUAAAAGUUUAAUGAUGAUAAUUUAUCUGCUUUUUAACUACUCUAUAGAAUCUCAUCCUAAAAUAAAUAUGAGAUAUUAAUAAUGACUUAUAGUUAUACAUUCCCAACUGUCAAUAUAGACUUUACAGUUAAUCCAUUUUUAAUAAUAAAGGAAAUUGAAAUUUAGAAUGACAUUUAUUUGUGGCACUAUUUAUAAGUUACAUUAUAAUAGAAAGUGUUACAAAUAACAAUUACAUUUUAUAAAGAAGAAGAUUCAUACUAAUAUUCAGAAUAGUUAAACGUAUAUCAUUAUAAUGAAGUUUAAUUUCAAAUACAUUAUGGAAAUGUAAACCAAGAAUCAGAAAAUUAUUUAAAUGUCCAAAUUUAAAAUUUUCAUUUUUAUAAUUGCGAUACUACUUUAGUUAAUAAAAGUUGCCAUCCCAGUUGUGGAUAAUGUGAUGGACCAACCAAUUCUGAUUGUAUUUCAUGUUCUAGUGAUUCCAAUAGAAUUUAUAUUCCCUCUUAAAAGGCUUGUGUUUGUCACUAUAAUGAAAUUGACGACGACUUUUGUUAAUCAUUAGAACAAUUUCAAUUCCAAAUAAUUGAAUACACUCCAACUUAAAUACAAUGUCCAUAUGGAUACUUCUAUUUGAAUUCAUAAACUUGCAUUAAAUGGUAAACAUGUAUAUUAAUAUUUUUAUAGUCCUUCGAUUAUUAAAUCUAAUCUUAUUACAUGUUUAGAAUGUAUAUUAAAUCCUCUUAAUUGGAAAUCUGAUCCUUAUUGUAAAUCAUAUCUAUAUAUCAUCGCAGAUAAUACAUAUAAUUUAGAAAUUGAAGAUUCUAAAUAAUAUUUUAUUUUUCUUGAUGACUAGCUUGAGUUGUGUUAGACCUGUACAGAAAAUAAUUUUAAAUCCGAUUUUAUAAUUUAUCAAGAUUUCUAAAAUUCAUUUCUAACUCAAAAAGAACUUUGCAUAAGAAAUUACUUCUUCAACUAAUUGGAUCCGUAUUGUUAUCCCUGCAAUAUUAUUUUUUGUAAAACUUGUGCAAUCUAAAUGGAUGGUAUUUAAUGCCUUGUUUGUUUUUCUGUAGUUUUAUUGUAAAAUGGAAUUUGCAAUGGUAAAAAUGUUGUUUAAGGUUACUCAAAUACUUAAGAUUGCGUUUCUCCUUAUUAUAAAACAUCAAAUAAAUAAUGUAAAAUCUGCACUAUAAAUCAGUGUAAAUUUUGUUUCGAGUAUAAUAGUUUGGAUUUGACAAAAUCUACUCUGUAUAAAGAUUAUUAAGAAUUUAAUAAGGAUGAGUAUCAUUAAGUGGGAUGUGCCUUGUGUGAAGAUAAUUUUAUGUUUGAUUUCUAAAAAGGAUAUUGCGUACAUCAAAAAUCUACUCUUCAGUAUUGUUUAAGAUCCUUUAUAAAUUUAGAAGGAGUAGAAAUUUGUACAUUAUCCUAAAUUGAUGAUUUCAAUAUUGCACCUGAAAUUAUUAAUUGCCAAAAAUACAUCACGGAUUGUAAUUAAUGUGUUUUAUCGCCAUAACAGAUUAUCAAGUGCGUGAUUUGUAAAGAAGGCUACAAGAGUUCUGUUAAAACAGGUCAUUGCUCUCCCAAUAUAUAUCCUCAUUCUAAAAUAACUUCCGAUGGAGUUGUAAAUCAAUAUGAUGCUUGGAUUCAAUUAAUACAGAGUUUUUUGAUGUAAUUCUUACCUAACUAAUAUUAUUACUACAUUUAGGAUAUUCCAUCAACUGGUAUAGAAAUCUCCAUUGAAUGUUAAGAGGGAUUUAAAUAGAGCCCUGAUCAUUGUACCUAAUAUUGCGAUUCCAAUUGUCUAUCAUGUGAUAAUUCAUAAGUUUAACUUAAUAUCUUUGAAUGCAAGAAAUGUCCCCUAAAUUACUAUAGAUUACCUAAUAGAUCGAAAAACGGAGUUAAUUGUAUAGUUUGCCCACAAUUAUGUUCAAUCUGUUAGUUAAGAACAAAAGAAGAAAUUCAAGUAAUUCAAUCAAUUAGAAUUAGGCUAUUAAUCCGUACUUUAUUUUAAAUGAAACAACUAUCCCAAUUACAUACAAAUGUUUGCAACCAGCAUCUGAUCCGAAUAUUAGGAUAAACCCAAUUUUAUAGAUUGCUCAAUAUUGUUUUAACCCAAGUUGCUAGCAAUAUUUUUUAUUUGAAUAUUUUGUGGAGUGUUUGAAUUAUUCUGAUACAUUAAAUUUAGAAACAUCAGCAUACUAUUAAUAAUUUAUUAAUAAAACCUAUCUUAAUGCUAUGGGAGUACAAGUUAUAUAAAUCCGCUUUAAUUUUUCUAAGUUAUAGCCUGAUUCUUAUUGUGUGUUUGAAAAUACUAUGUUGAUAGACAAUAAUUUAAAGUAAGAGGUGUUUUCUAUAUAGAACACUAAAAUGCAAAUGUUGGGGUUGAACAAAGUUAAUUAAAAUUUUGGUUACAAUCUCGAUAUAUUAAACUUUGAUGUAGUUGAGAUCUGUCAAAUGCAUUUUAAUGUAAAUUUACCAUACAUUAUUAAUUUAUUUACCAAUUAAGUGAGUUUAAUCAUCAAUGAUACUAUAUUUUAAGCUAAAGACCAACUUAAUUAAUCUUAAUUUCAAAUAAGUGGAUAAAUUUAUUAAGAGUUUAUUUUACAGAAUGUUACAUUCAAAAAUUUGCUUAUAAGUGAAUCAACUGUGUUCGAUAUCAAAUACAAUAGCAUCAUGGGAACGGUUUUUAUAGAAAACCUAUACAUAAUCAAUUGUACUCUCUCUAAUUCAAAAUUCAUUUAACUUUAAGGAAAUCCAGAUAAAUUUAUUGUUAAAAAUUUAAAGAUCAUUAAUUGUUAGUUUUAUAAUACUUUGAUCUUUAAUUUUUUUGAUAUAGAAUCAGAAUCAUACCAUGUUUAAUUUCAGAAGCUUUCUGUAACUGAUACCACCUUUCAGCAAUCUGUUUUAGUAAAUAAUCCUCAAAAUUUUGGCUUAAAUAUAUAGGAUAUGAGUUUUUCUAAUAAUAAUCUCAUCCUUUCAACUAUUUUAAUUACCAAUUUCAAGGUUUACUGUUUAGAUUUAAAUAUAAGUUAUAAUAAUUUUCUUGGAUCCCUCUUAAUAAAAUCAGAAUAAGCAAACCAAACGAAUGAUAUCAAUGUGGAAUUUCAUAAUAUUGAAAUCAUAGGCAAUUCAAUCAAUAAUUCUUCAAUAAUAAAGGUAAAAUCGGAUUUAAUUUCAAAUAGUUUUUAAUUAAUUUUCACUACUGUAAAUAUUUUAAGCAAUAAAGUUGACUUUUUUUACAAGUAGAAGUAGUAUCUAUUUGAUGUACAUGUAAAAUUACUAUUCCUAAAUGGAAUAAUUAUAAAAGAUUGCCCAAAUCAAAAUAUCUUCUAUAUCUUGCAAACCCAAGAUAUACUCUUUCAAAAUGUUUUAUUUGCUAAUACUUUGUAGCAACAAAAAGUACCUAUGAGCUUAUCAUGCUCUGAUUAAAUUUAGUAGAAUUAACAAUUAAUGGAAAUAUAAGGGUUUCAAAAUUUAACAUUAUAAAAUAUAUCAGUUCAAAAUCAUUUUAAUAUGGAUUAGAGUCUGAUUUCCAUUUUUUCUAAUAUUGUAUACUUAGCUGAUGUUUUAGAGGUGAUCAAUAUUCAAAAUUUAACAUUUUCGAAUAAUGUACUUUUGAAGAAUAAAAUUGGAAAUCUAUUAUCAUUGAUAACGAUAUAUUCAGAAAAAGAAUAGAUAAUUAAAAUUUCUAAUAUGACAUUCAUAGAAAACAUAUUUAAUUAAUAUUGUGACGACCUAUCAAUCUCAACCUCAAGUUUAUUUUAUAUUAAUUCUCAAUUAAGCAGAAUAGUAUUGAUAGAUUGCUUUUGUUAUAAUAAUAUGCUAACAAAUUCCUCCAAUUCUUUCUCUUCAAUUUAAUCAGAUAAUAUUGUGAUUUAAAAUUUGACAGUAAAAAAUCACAAUAUUAUUAGUGAAGAAAUUUUAAAGAAGUAUUAUCAAAUAGACCUUUAGUAAUCUUUAACGUAGGAAGAAAUUUUGCUUGUUAUAAAAUCUUAUUUAAUGAUUUAAAAUAAAGGAGGGGUAGUGUAAAUUACCUCCUCUAAUUUCUUAUUGAAAGAAAGCAGUUUCGAAAAUAUUUUAGCCCAGAGCAGUGCCGUUUUAGAAAUCAUAACAAAAUUUCUAGGUGUAGUUUUUAUCAAAGGAGUUAGUCUAAAGAAUAUCUAAGUUGACUUCAUACAAACCUUAGAUAUACAUGGGAGUAUCACUAUUUACUCCUAAAAUAGUUAAUUGCAACUAGAAUUAAAUAAUGUUAGUUUUGUCAAUGUUUAUAACAAAUUCGAUUCUUCUUGUUUAACUCUGUUUCCAUCAAUGAAAUAGAAUAACUUAUUAUUUUAGAAUAUUUACCUUGAAAAUAGUCUCUCUUUAAUGAAUACAUUCACUAAACUUGACUUCUAAUAAUAUAAAAAUAAUCUCAAUAGUAUUAUAAUCUAGAAUAUGACGAUUAUCUAAACGAUGGAAGCAUGGUUGAACUAUUUUACAUUUGUUGGAACCUUAAGUUUAAUUGAAAUGCUUAAAAUUCUAAAAGAUAAUGCCAUAAUCAAUGUAUUUGGUAGUUCUGUUAAAAUCGUUAAUUUGAAUGUAUAAGGAGUGCUUAUUUCAUCGGCUUUGUAGAUUAUCGAUGCCCAUCAAUUUCACUUAGUCGAAACUUACUUUACUUCCAUUUAAACUUUUGUCUCGAUCAAUAUAGUUUAUAUAGGAUAGAGCAGACUUAAUAAGAUUUAAUUAAUAAUUAGUUAAAUUGAAUUUAGUUCAAUUUCAUAAUAUGAAACAGAUUAGAAUUAAUUUAUAAUAACAAACCUAAUCAACACAAACACCUAAUUAUCAAUAUGUUUUACUAAAAUUGAAAAAUCUUUUUUUAUUAGAUCCGAUCAUAAACUUGAUUCAAUUAUAAAUCAGCUAAAUGAACAGUAAUAGAAUAUUGGAUCUAUGAUCUAUAUUUAGAGUUGGACAAACCAAACUAAAUUGCUUUUAAAUUCUUUGACUAUUAAAAAUAAUUACUGUUCAAAUUGUUACUUAGGAAUGGUAUAUUUAGACAUUUAGGAUGUAAAUUAGAUCAAUAUAAAUAAUCUUUUUUGUUAUUAAAACAAGAUAUUAAAAAAUGGUUGUGUUACUAUAAUGACUAAUUCAUCUUUAAAUAGUUCUAUUAUUAUUUAGAAUUCUUAAUUUAUCAAUAAUAAUGGGAGUUAAGGAACAGGAAUUAUUUCUUAUUAUAUUAAUAUUGUAAUUUUAAAGUGCAUUUUUCUUAAUAAUUAAGCAUCAACAAAGGGAGGAGCUAUUUAUAUUAAAUCAAAUUCAAAUUAAUUUUAAUUUUUUAAUACAAUUAUAAUGGAAAAUGAGGCUAAGUCUGGAGGUGGAAUUUACUUGGAUGGAAAUAAUACUGAUUUGAAUAGUGUCAAUUUUAAGGGAUCAAUUUUGUAAUUGAAUAAAGCCUAUGAAAAUAGUAAUAAUUUAAUAGAAAUACCAGAUCAUUUGGAAUUAGAAAUAAACAGUCAAGAAAUGAGCUUUUAUUAAGAUAGGUAAGAUGGAAUAAUAACAAAUAUCCUUUAACUAAACUGGUAUGAAUCUAUCCAACAAGGUUAGAAAAUGAAAACAUCAAUUUUUAUGAUACCAAGUAAUCAAUAAAUAGGAAAUUACGGUUUGUUUAAUAUGUAAAAAUUGGAUUACUUGGUAUAAAUUAGAGAAAUUUCAAUAUCAUUAAGAAAUAGUAUGAAUGAAGUGCUGACUAAUUAUGGGGAUUAAAUUUGCAAUUUAAAACAAAGUGUUGUAUCUUCAGAUGAAGUAUUCAAAUAAGAAGAAGGAACAUCCGAAGUUUUAUAAAUUAAUAGUUAAACCCAAAAGUUUGAUUUAGGAACUCAAAUUUUUUAAUUAGAUCCUUAUUCAGAUAUAAAUAAAAAACUAAAAAUAUAGAUUGAUUGUAAUUCUCAGUAUAGUUCUAAAAGAUUAAGAUACAUAAUCUAUGCUAAAAGCUAUUUAUGUUAAUUAGGAGAAUAUUACGUAGAUAAAGGUUGUUAAAAGUGCUAAUCAAUUUAAGGAUAUUAUUCUGUCACUUAUAAUACAACAAAAUGCUCAAUAUUUGAUAAUGCUAAAUUUAAGAAUAUCACAUCUAAUUAAAUUAAAUUAAAUCCUGGAUAUUGGAGACCAAAUUAUCUAUCUGAUGCAACUGAAUAAUGCUUCAAAAAUGAUAUCUUUUGUAGUGGAGGCUGGGGGGUGAGUGAUAAUUUAUGUGUAAUAGGCCAUAUCGGAGGAUUAUGUGAAGAAUGCGAUACUUAUAAUAUUAGAGGGAAUGGCUAAUAUACCAAAACUUAUACUAAUAUGGAAUGUAACCUAUGUCCAAAGGAAUCGAUUAAUUUAUUACCCUUUGUAUUUGUAUUGUUAUGGUAAAAUUAUUCGAAUAUAUUGAGGUCUUUUCUUUCAAUUUUAUUAUCAGUAAGAAGCAUAGAAAAAACAAAUCAAUUAUAUUCCUCUUUGAGUUUUAAAUAGAGAUUUAGAAGUAUAAUAUUCAAACUUAAUCAAGGUAUUACUUUAUUUAACGUGUUUUAGAUCAUCAAAGUUUCUUAAUUAAAAUGCUACUGAAUUAUUUAUGGAUUUUUUCACUUAUCUAUAGCUUUAAUAUUCAUUUCCCAUUUUCAAUUGCAUUCUUUGAAUCAACAAGCAAUUCUUCGUUUGUCUUAGCUAAUAGUUAAGAUUGUUAUUUAACAACUUUAAUAAACACAGAUAUAGUGUACUCUAGAAUAAUUACAAUGAUAAUUGUAAUAAUCUGCUAAUUGGUGUUGUUUACUCUAGUUGCUAAACUUCAUUCAAUAAUCAAGAAGGAAUAUUUUUAGAUGAGCAUAAUAACAAACACAAUACUAUAUUUGUACCUAUCAAAUAAUGCAACUCUAAUCAAACAGUAUAAUAUAAUUCUAAAUUAGAUUUUGUUCAUUAUUAGCUGUGAGAAGAAUAUCAGAAAUUGAUUUUGUUUAAGGAAAUGUAUCAUUAUUAUUCAAUACUUAAACUCAUUUUCGAUGGAUUAUUGGGUUUAUCCUACCAGGUGUAAUUUUGAUUGGUGUAGGAAUCCCAAUAUUUUUGUUUAUGUUAAUUUAUUUUAGAAGGGAAUCAAUAGAAAAAGUAAAAUUUAGAAGACACAUUUGCUAUUUGCUUAAUGAAUAUAACAAAAAUUCAUACUUCUGGGAAUAAAUUAAGAUUUGGAAAAAAACUCUAAUUAUUUUAAUAAUGAUUUAUUUUGAAACAAAUAUGAUAUUAAAAGCCUCCUUACUGGGAUUGUGCUUAUUAUUAUACUAAACUUUGGCUUUGAAAUAUAAACCUUUUAUUCUAAAUAGUUUAAAUAUAUUGGACAUCUCUACCUGCUAAAUUUGUUCAAUAUCAAUAUUUUUAGCUUCUGUCUAAUAUGUGAGUGAUUAAUAAAACCCUGCCAUCUCCACUUUUUUGUAAAUAAUUUUAGUUAUUUUAUGGAUCAAACUUUGCUAACCUUUUAUUUCAAAGAUAUUUGACAUCUACUAUAAAAGAUACAGGAUAGUUUUUUUAAUUUAAACUCUAAACUGUGUUAAAAAGGUUAAAUCUAAUUUUUGGUUUAUUUAGAUGCUGAAUAAUCAAAUUCAAAAGUUGAAAAAAAAGGAGAAACAAAUAUAAAUUAAUUAUGGAAAAUUAAAGUUGUAUUUACUGAGCUGCUCUAAAAUAUCCCUUGAAUAACAUAGGUAAUUAUGAAAUUAUAUUAAGAAAUAUGAACUAAUAAUUGAUUCCUUUUUCAACAUUGAGAAGUAGAGUAUCUUUUCAAGAAAACGAUAUAAAAUAGUUGUUUAUUUGA